AUGAUGCGCCGCAGCUGCUUUCUGCUUAGCGCCGGCAUGGUGGAGUACCAUGAGUGGCACCUCCACGAGCCGCUGCUGCAGAACUACGAGGGCUGGCGUAUCCUCGACAACCCCCGCUACGAGAACAAGUCCGACGCGUACAUUUACGACUUCGUCGGCUGUGUGCGCCACCUCGAUCCCAUCAUCGACGACCCGCGCCUCACACACAAGCAGCGCGUGUGCCGUCUNUACCGCUGGGCACUCAAAGAGCUGCAGAUGUGGCUUGUGCAGCUCAACGCACACAAGUUCAACCUCGCGUACAAGGUGGUGCGGCGCCGCUUUGAGAUGUACCGCUAUGUCACGGACCCUGCCAUGUGCGACAUGAUGGUGCGGCAGACACAAAAGUACCUGCGCGAGAACGCCAAUGUUCACUACCUGCGCCGCAACAAUGGGUCGCCGUGGUCGACGUACACGCUCGCUAACCCGAUGUUCCACCCCGACGGGUCGCAGGUGUACGACCACUGGACGCAUCCCGAGGUGAUGUGGUACGACGACGCGAAACUGCACCGCUGGACGGCACACCACCCGAUGUACGCCGGCGCCGGCGAGAAGUCAGACCGUUUCGGUGACAUGGACGUGUCACCACAUCUGCGCCACCUGACGGCCGCUUUCUUCGGCGCGGUUUUUCUGUGGACCAUCUGUACUUUCCUUGCCGUGUUCGACCGCGACGUUGACCCGCACUAUGCAAAGUGGUGCGAGGCGUUUGACGACGACCUCAAGGGCGCACUCUACGCGGCGGAGCGAAACUCGCGCAGCAGGCCGUCGAUGCUGGGCUGGGAUUGGGAUCGCAUCAUGGGGAAGGUGGAGCAACAAACCGGCUUCCACUUCUACGACGCGCAACAGGUCAGUGUGUGA